CCACAAGAAGAGCUAAAGAAUCAACAGACCAAUAAUAAGAGUUCAGAAGAGCAACAAACGCAAUAUCAAGAUGCAGAAGAAGUGGUCAUGGAUAAGAAAGAAACCCCUCUGGCAACAUACAAGGCAAUUAACAAGAAGGCAGCAGAAAGAUAA